GUCCCGGUCCCGGUCCCGGUCCCGGUCCCGGUCCCGGUCCCGGUCCCGGUCCCGGUCCCGCGGGCGGCCGCCGGCAUGGGGCUGAGCUGAGGCGCCGCCGGUGAAUCAGCCAUUGUAUGAGAUUUGUCCACACACUGGCUCUUCAGACAGGGGCAGGCAAAGACAAGACUCUGUGCGUGCAUGGUGUUGUGCUUGCCAGGUGGUGCAAGAAGUCUUCAGCCUGCUGCUGCAGCUCAGAUGUGGAUCCUUCGUAGCCAGGGGCGUCGCGUGAUCCCGUCUGUCACAGAUCGUGCCUCUGGUCACAGAAACGAGGUGGAAGUUGUCACUGUUGAUGGGGCCAUAGCAGUGAACAUGAGAGGUCUUCCAUAUCUCAAGUUGAGAAGUUCCAUAUCAUACUAAAGAUGGAGAAAGAAGAAAAGAAAUUUGUCAAUAAAGCAGAGGAGGACGAGAUGGAGAUCUAUGGUUAUGAGCUAUGUCGAUGGAAGUUGGUGCUAGUUACUGUAGGAGUGAUCUGUUCUGGUGGCUUUCUUCUCCUCCUCCUCUACUGGAUGCCUGAGUGGCGUGUGAAAGCAACGUGCAAAAGGACAACGCUUAAAGACUGUGAAGUGGUUCUGCUGAGAACAACCGAUGAAUUCAAGAUAUGGUUUUGUGCAAAAGUUCGUGUUAUGCCUUCCUUGGGAGCCAAUCCUUUACAGAAUCCUAACCCUAUUGUACACAAGGUUUCAAAUGGCCAUGCUGUUCAUUUCUGUGAAUCUGCUGCAGAAGAGAAUAAAAACGAUUUGAAAAAAUACUUGCCUAUUCGUUAUUUCACGCAUCACAGUGUGAAGUAUUUCUGGAAUGAUUCAGUUCAAAGUUUUGAUGUUGUACGAGGACUAGAUGAAUCUACGUUCUGUUCUGCAAUUCAUAAUGAACACAGCAGAGGGCUGACGAAAGGGAUGCACGAGUACAGGAAAGCAUUCUAUGGAGUAAAUGAAAUUGCUGUGAAAGUGCCUUACAUUUUUAAGCUUCUGAUUAAGGAGGUUCUCAACCCUUUUUACAUUUUUCAGUUGUUCAGUGUGAUAUUGUGGAUCACUGAUGAAUAUCACUACUAUGCAUUAGCAAUUGUGAUCAUGUCUGUAAUAUCCAUUGUUAGCUCGCUCUACACCAUUAGAAAGCAAUAUGUUAUGUUACAUGACAUGGUAGCAGCUCACAGCAUUGUCAGGGUUUCUGUCUGCAGAGGAAAUCAAGAAAUAGAAGAAAUCCUUUCCACCGAUCUCGUGCCUGGAGAUAUCAUGUUGAUUCCAUCUAAUGGGACAAUUAUGCCAUGUGAUGCAGUACUUCUCAGUGGUACUUGCAUUGUAAAUGAAAGCAUGUUAACAGGUGAAAGUGUUCCUGUCACGAAGAUUAACCUGCCAAAUCCUUCAGAAUACCCCAAAACAAUGGGAGAUGAAAUAUACAGUCCAGAAGUGCACAAGCGGCAUACUUUGUUCUGUGGAACCAAUGUAAUUCAAACCCGUUUUUAUACCGGAGAAUUAGUCAAAGCUCUAGUAGUGAGAACAGGCUUUAGUACUGCUAAAGGACAACUUGUUCGUUCCAUACUAUAUCCAAAGCCAACUGACUUUAAACUCUACAGAGAUGCCUACUUGUUUCUCCUCUCUCUGGUAGUGGUGGCAGGCAUUGGGUUUCUUUAUACGAUUGUCAAUAGCAUCUUAAAUGAGGUUCCAGCUCAUACCAUCAUCAUCGAGUCUCUUGACAUAAUCACUAUCACGGUGCCUCCAGCACUCCCUGCUGCCAUGACUGCUGGCAUUGUUUAUGCACAAAGACGGUUGAAAAAAAUUGGUAUCUUCUGCAUCAGCCCACAAAGGAUAAAUAUUUGUGGCCAACUGAAUCUCGUGUGUUUUGAUAAGACUGGCACGCUUACUGAGGAUGGCUUGGAUCUUUGGGGAAUUCAACGGGUAGAAAAUGCUUGUUUCCUUUUGCCGGAAGAGAGGGCUUGCGGUGAAAGUUUGCUGAAGUCUGAGUUUGUUGCUUGCAUGGCAACUUGUCAUUCACUUACAAAAAUUGAAGGGGUACUUUCUGGAGACCCACUUGAUCUGAAGAUGUUUGAAGCAAUAGGAUGGAUUUUAGAAGAAGCAACAGAAGAGGAAACAGCCCUGCAUAAUCGAAUCAUGCCAACAGUGGUUCGACCUUCAAAACAACUUUUUCCAGAAUCCAAGCAAUCAACUGAUCAAGAAAUGGAAUUGUUUGAGCUUUCAACCGGUUAUGAGAUUGGAAUUGUGCGCCAGUUUCCAUUUUCUUCAGUUCUGCAACGUAUGUGUGUGAUAGCAAAAACUCUUGGGGAGAAGAGAAUGGAUGCUUAUAUGAAAGGUGCCCCUGAAGUGAUUGCCAGCUUGUGUAAGCCAGAAACAGUUCCCAUUGACUUUGAAAGUGUCCUGGAAGAAUACACUAAGCAGGGCUUUCGAGUUAUUGCUCUUGCUCACAGAAAAUUGGAGUCUAAGCUUACAUGGCACAAAGUUCAAACUAUUAAUAGAGAUACUAUUGAAACCAACAUGGAUUUUAUGGGGUUAAUCAUAAUGCAAAACAAACUAAAGAAAGAAACCCCUGCUGUACUUGAAGAUUUGCGUAAAGCCAACAUUCGCACUGUCAUGGUUACAGGGGAUAACAUGUUAACUGCUAUCUCUGUGGCCAGAGACUGUGGAAUGAUUCUACCUCAGGAUAAGGUCAUUAUUGCUGAAGCACUACCUCCAAAGGAUGGGCAGGCUGCCAGAAUCAACUGGCAUUAUGCAGAUACCCUUGCAAGAUGCACUAGUUCAUCACCAGCCAUAAACUCAGAGGAUAUUCCAGUUAAAUUGGUCCAUGAAAGCCUUGAGGAUCAUCAGAUGACCAAAUACCAUUUUGCAAUGAAUGGAAAGUCAUUUGCAGUGAUUUUGGAGCAUUUUCAGGAUCUGGUACCCAAGCUUGUGUUACGUGGCACUGUGUUCGCUCGCAUGGCACCUGAUCAGAAAACUCAGUUGGUGGAAGCUUUACAAAAUGUAGAUUACUAUGUGGGCAUGUGUGGUGAUGGUGCAAAUGACUGUGGUGCGCUAAAGAGAGCACAUGGUGGCAUAUCUUUGUCUGAACUUGAGGCUUCCGUGGCAUCACCGUUCACUUCCAGGACACCUAGUAUUUCCUGUGUGCCAAAGCUGAUCAGGGAAGGUCGUGCUGCUUUAAUAACUUCAUUCUGUGUAUUUAAAUUCAUGGCAUUGUACAGCAUUAUCCAGUACAUCAGUGUUACUCUGCUAUAUUCUAUCCUGAGCAAUUUGGGAGACUUCCAGUUUCUCUUCAUCGAUUUGGCAAUCAUUUUGGUGGUUGUCUUCACUAUGAGUCUGAACCCUGCUUGGAAGGAGCUUGUCGCACGAAGGCCUCCAUCAGGUCUUAUCUCAGGUCCACUUCUGUGUUCUGUUUUGUCUCAGAUCAUCAUCUGUCUUGCUUUCCAAACCUUUGGAUUUUUUUGGGUCAAACAGCAGCCCUGGUAUGAACCUUGGACAACAGAAUCUGAUGCAUGUAAUAUAUUGGAUGCCACAAACACCAGCUCUGCACAUGAUGGGAAUGAGACUCAUCAAGAUGAACAUAACAUUAAAAAUUAUGAAAACACAACUUUGUUUUUUAUAUCCAGCUUUCAGUACCUCAUAGUGGCAAUUGUCUUUUCUAAAGGAAAGCCCUUUAGACAACCAUGCUACAAAAAUUUUCUGUUUGUUACUUCUGUGAUAGUUCUUUAUGUAUUCAUAUUUUUCAUCAUGUUGCAUCCCGUUGAAUCUAUUGACGCAUUUCUUGAGCUCGUGUGUGUGCCAUAUGAGUGGCGCCUAAGAAUUCUCUUCAUUGUUAUCAUCAAUGCAGCUGUGUCCGUGUUGACAGAGACUGUCCUCCUUGAUAUGAUCCUUUGGAAGGUUGUGUUCAAUCGAGACAAACAAGGAGAAUAUCGCCUCACCAUACCCCAGCCGCCUCAGGAGGCUGUAGAUCGCUGUGGAGUCUGUUUCCUUUCUUCCCUGUUUGGUUGCAGAGAGAAGGCGCCAAAAGCUAAGUAUAUGCAUCUAGCUCAGGAACUGAUGGUUGAUCCAGAAUGGCCACCGAAACCCAGAACAACAACAGAAGCUAAAGUACCAUCCCAAGAAAAUGGUUCAUAUCAAAUCAUCACUUUAACGUAACAGUGGAUCUUGGUGGCAUGUAUCUUUGUAGUAUUGAGAAGAAUGUAAUUUUAAAGCUUUAUUUGAAAUUGCAGUAUACUAAAUGUCAAGUUAUAAUGCAGAUUUUUCCAACUGCUUCAUCUCUCUGAAUACAAAGUUCAGAGCCAGACAUCUUACGGAUAUACAUUUUAAAAAUGUAGGUUACUAUAGGCAGAAAAAAAAAGAUUGUUUCCUUUCACCUUUCAAAUUUCAUUAUUCCUAAACGAGAUGCAUCUGAAGAUUUAAACUGCAGGGCAGUUAAAAAGGUUCACUUUAUUUGCCUGGAGUAUCUUAACCAUUGUUCUAACUUGCUUACCUGGGCAUGUGUUAAUAUAAGGUCUAUAAUGUAAUGGUUUCAUGAUAGUACUAGAGGCACAUAGUAAGCAAAACCUUGUCAUACAUUUUGGUUUGUUUUCCGUUUAAUAUUCACUGCUGAAAAACUUUGUGCCUCAGAACGGUUCUAAAGUUUUGGUGUGUGUACCUCUAAAUUUGUCCGUGCUAGUAAGGAGUGUUUCCAGGUAUAACGUUUGGAUUUUAGUACUUCAGUCUGCCACAGCAGGAACUGGAAAUGCUGUAGAAGCAAUAUGCCCCAUCCUUAAGAAGAAAGCACAUUGCUUUCAAGUGGGUUCCUAGCUGCUUUUCUAGCUAAACCUGAGGAAGGGCUUAAGUAGACUUCAGAGGAGGAGGCAUUUGGCUACACUCUUAGAAUUGUUAGAGAAGGAAGGCUGGAGAAUCUAACACUUCAUUCUGUAUCAUGUUUUAUUACAUUUAGCUAUGCAUUUCUCCACAGACCUUGCUUUUGCCAGCAGAAGGGCUGGUUUAUCACUUUGUGGACCAUGUUUUAUUUGUAAAUCUUAAGGUAGUUUUCCUAUAUUCCUUAAAGUAGCAAGGCCAGAGUUACUGCUGUGUGUGGGGUGGGGUGGGAGUAAUAUUUUCACAUGCCCGUGCUUGGGAUUUGUGCAUGUUGAGAACAUCUGCAUUUCAAAGAGUCUGCCGGCGUCUUAAGCACUAUAUGUAGCUGUAUGAAACAAAACUAAGAAACAAUACAUGAGCUAAAGUCUGUCUUGCUGCAGAGCGAUAAGGCUUAUGUCGACAUUAUUUUCCAAAAAAAACACAUACACACAAAGUUGUAUCACUAAUAAUGCUGCUUAAGCACUUUGGAUAGCGAUACAUCAUUUUGCCAUUAGGUGGUGUUAAAACACAAGACCUCUAGAAAAACAGAUCUACAGCAAUGUAGAACAAGGCAUCGUCUUUACAUGCAAAGUUUUUAAGUCUUUUUCCAUUUCUUUUUUUUUUUUUUCAAAACCACAGAUUACUUAUCGUCAUCCAUCUUCAACUUGCUAAACUUUCAGAAAAAUCUUCUUUGGUGUCUUUGGGAAGAUGAUAAAAAAUACUGACUUCUGAUCAGUCUGUUCUGACGAGAUAAAACUGACUGGUUCAGUCUUCUGUAACAUUUGGGAAGGGAUCUUGGAUCCAGAUGAGUUGUGAUACUUUAGAGACACUUUAAGGAAGGAAAUCGGGUCCUUUAGAGCACUCAUGUGAAGAGUGGAAGGAGGGCCCUGAGCUCCCUGACUAGCUGGGAUUAAUUUGAAUUGUGUGUAUUUGGAUUAUAUUUUAUUUUUUUAAUUCCUGUGGAAAUAAUUCCUUUCCAGAAUUGUUCUCAUAAGUGGAAUUUUUCAGGUCAAGCCUAAUUUCCUUGUGCUUUUCUGUAAGAUAGUAUAGGCAGCAUCCCCCACCGCUCAUGUUAUGGUUUCUGCAGUGUCGGACAUACUGUGCCAGUGGGGAAUUUAAAGUGGUGCUACAUGGUUUGGAAGACUUUUUUCCUGGAACUUGGGGAUUUACGUUGUUCGCACUUGCUGCUCAUAAAUAGUGUGCUUAUGUGCUAUCCUCCAGUCCAGCUGUUGACUCUUCCUGAUUUUUUUGUUGUUUUUCUCGGGGGUGGAAUAGGAAGAAGGGGGAAGUGCUUUUCUUAGCAUUCAUUCAGCAGAGCGAUGUACAAGCCUUGUUAGCCUGGCUUCUCGGGGUUAUUAAUUUUGAACAGCAUUGGUAGCUUUUAAGGGGUCUGAGAUCACGGACUUGGAUAAACUUGUUAAUCAUGAACUUGAGUCAGUUGGCUGAUUUUUGUCAGUGUUGAUUUUAUGAAAUUUUUGUAGCAUGGAAUAAUUGAUGAAUUCUUGGCUGCGUAAGUAGUAUUCAGAUUUAAAGAAAAAUAAUACUUUAAUUGAAAACUCUUGUGAAGCUAUGCAUCUUGGACCUGGGAGCUGUGACUUAUCCUUAAAUGCAUAAGCUUUUUUUUUUUUCCAUUUCAUUUCUUUGAUCAUUUUAGCUUGGUUGUUCCAACAGAAAGUGAAAGAAAAAAAAUCUUCCCCUCUAAUAUGCUUUUGCUUAAUGCUUUCUCUGAACUGCUAGUUUCUCUCAGCUCGUUUGUUUUCUGCAGUUAGUCUUUCAAUCAUUCUAAUUCAUUAGACUUAUCUACAGGGUGAAGAGGGAACAGCUUAUUAAGGUGGGCUUGUCUUCAGAGAACAUGUUAGGGCACUCAAUUUAAAACCAAAAUUGCCAAGUGUCUCCACUUGUUUGAGUGGUUAAUAGGUCAUGAACUUACUAAACUUGAAAAUUUUGCAAAUGGGAGUUAGCUUCCUCAAGGUUUGCAUUCAGAAUUAGUAAAAAGUUUUUGAGGUUGCGUGCUUGAGCUGUGACCUAUUUGCUUCUGACGUUUAGUCAAUUAUAAUAAAUCAGCUUUUCCAAGAAUUUUUCUUCUUGCUGUAAGUUCAGCCACAAAAUGAGCUUUUGCAUCUUCUGCAGUUACUGGGAUUGAUGCCUUCCUGCCCAAAAGCUGAGCUUGGCCACCCAUAAUUUUUCUCAUUUUGAGCAAUUUAGUUUUUCUGGUUUUCAGAAAUGCAACAAACUAGAUCUGAACUAGCAUAUUCAGUUUCUGCUUUGAAGUAAGAUGAAAUUCAUAUUGUAGUGAAAAAUCUCUUCACAUGUUCAUCUUGGAAGUCUGAAUUCAGGUGAACAGACCAAUUUAGUGAGUUCCACUAGAUACUUGGUAGACAUUUUUCUUCCUGCUGUAUAUUUUGGCCUUACGUUGAGGAGUUUGAUUUAUUAAAUUAUUUGUGUAUGCAGACUUCAAUCUGUACGUAUUUUGCUUUGAUGUAUUAGGAUUUGUAAAUAUUUUUUUAAAAAAUUAAAUAUUAUUUAUGCACAUACAUAAAGGACUGGUCUACCCAGCAAAGCAAUUGCUAAAUAAUAAACGUUACUUUUUAGAAGUAAAUUGCAAGAUCAUUAAAUUGUAUAUCCCUCAGGGUUAUUUUUAAAGUUUUUUUUUCCUGUUCCCUUCAGAUUUAAUUAGCAGUAACUAGUUUCAUGUAAUAUAGAACUAAAUCUACUGUAAAAAGAAAAUGCUGCGAAUAAUGCUUGAAUAGAAAUGGCUAAAACACCCACAGAACUGACUGGCCAUAUUCAUCGUAACUUUGAAUUGGGAAAUUUUACUGUUGCACUUUUUAGAAGUUGUUGGAUUUUUAAUUCUAUUUAUUUUUUCUUUCUUCAUGAAGGUUGUGCUGAACAGUCAUCCCAAACUGGGUAAAAAAAAAAAAAAAAAAUCCUGUACUGUGUCUGUGUAUACAGUAUAAUACUAAGCAGAUGUGGAGUCCUUUUUUAUGCUGCAAAUUUUUAAUGCUUAUGUUGGUCAUCACAAAUUGCGAGAGCUAAAGUUCUGUAGGAUUUCUCCCAUGAAAUUCUGAAUUGUAAACUUAGGUUUUUGUAUGUCUAAGGGAAAGCUGUGGGUUUUUGACGAUUUUUAAGAGUCUUGAAUAUGUUGAUUUUAUACAGUAAAGCUUCAGGUUUUUAAAGCUAUUUUCAACAGACUGCAUCUUCUUUGAUAAUUAUGUGAACGAGAAACUACUUAGUUUGUCGUGAAUUUCUGAAGCCUAACACAGAUAAAAAGAUUCAUCGUUACAGUGCUCUCUAGAAGCUCAGCUUUGUUUUUAUUUUUAAAUUUGAACUGAUACAACAUCUUUGUAUUUAAAAUAUGUAUUGCUGCUCUAGAAUGGUACCCUGUUGUCAAGAAGCAUACAUAAAGAACUGUACAAUAGAAUUGUAAAUAGCCUUGUAAAUCAUUUUUGUGACUGAAGCUCUUUGAAAAUAAAAUUAAAAUGAAAAGAUA